AUGGAAGCCAUAGGAAAGGAAAUGGUCACACAUUGUGGAGGACUACCAUUAGCUGUUAAAGUGUUGGGAGGCUUGUUAGUUAAUAAACAUACAGUUCAUGAGUGGAAAAGAGUUUCUGACAAUAUCGGAGAUCAAAUCGUAGGAAAAUUGUGCUUAGAUGACAACAGUCUCAAUUCGGUUAACCGAAUAUUGUCUCUGAGUUAUGAAGAUUUGCCAACGCAUUUAAAGCAUUGCUUCCUUUAUCUAGCCCAUUACCCCGAAGAUUACAAGAUAUAUAUGUGGAAUUUGUUCAAUUACUGGGCUGCAGAAGGAAUUUGUUAUGGAUCAACCAUCAGACAUAGUGGAGAAGACUACCUACAAGAGCUAGUGAGGAGAAAUUUGGUUAUUGCUGAAAAAAACAAUUUGAGUUGGAGAUUUGAAUAUUGUCAAAUGCAUGACAUGAUGAGAGAAGUAUGUUUAUCAAAAGCCAAAGAAGAGAACUUCCUACAAAUUAUCAAAGUCCCUACUUCCACCUCUAGCAUCAAUGCUCAAUCUCCUAGUAGAUCUCGCAGACUCACCAUACGUAGUGGUAAAGCCUUUCAUAUACUGGGACACAAAAACAAUAAAAAAGUCAGAUCUCUUAUAGUUUUGGGACUCGAGGAAGACUUUUGGAUACAGUCAGCUUCAGUCUUCCAAAAUUUACCAUUUCUCAGGGUGUUGGAUCUUUCUGAGGUGAAAUUUAAAGGAGGGAAGUUACCUUCUAGCAUCGGAGGGCUCAUCCACUUGAGAUUCUUGAGCUUAGACGAUGCUGGGGUAUCUCAUCUACCUUCUUCUAUGCGGAAUUUAAAGCUUCUCCUCUAUUUAGACUUAAGUGUUGCUGCCGAGGAACCAGUUCAUGUGCCAAAUGUUUUGAAAGAGAUGCUAGAGUUGAGGAACCUUGUCCUACCUCAUAAGAUGCAUGAUAAAACCAAGUUGGAAUUGGGUGAUCUAGUGAACCUGGAGCACUUGUGGUGUUUCUCAACGCAACACAGUAGUGUGACAGACCUCCUCCGUAUGACCAAGCUCAG